AUGCCCGAGCCAGCCAAGUCCGCCCCAGCGCCCAAGAAGGGCUCCAAGAAAGCCGUCACCAAGGCUCAGAAGAAGGACGGCAAGAAGUGGAGGAAGUGCAGUAAGAGCAGGAAGGAGAGCUAUGCCAUCUACGUCUACAAGGUGCUGAAGCAGGUCCACCCCGACACCGGCAUCUCCUCCAAGGCCAUGGGCAUCAUGAACUCCUUCGUCAACGACAUCUUCGAGCGCAUCGCAGGGGAAGCCUCCCGCCUGGCUCACUACAACAAGCGCUCCACCAUCACCUCCCGGGAGAUCCAGACCGCCGUGCGCCUGCUGCUGCCCGGAGAGCUGGCCAAGCACGCCGUCUCCGAGGGCACCAAGGCCGUCACCAAGUACACCAGCGCCAAGUGA